GAAACAGCUUCAAAGGAUAUCCAACCCUGAACUACGGAUUAGUACAUAGCAAAUGCGGUAACCCAACAAAACACCCUGCUGUGGUACUCGACCAGGAUUCCAGGGGACGCGUCCUAGGUCAUAUCUACCUCGAAAUCUAAGCAGAAGAAGAGGUUGUUCUUUAGUAGAACGCGUCAAUAUGGAUGACCUUGCUGUUGAUCUCACAGCCGAUGAUCUUCACCUGGGCAAUGUGGACCGCACUUUGAGAGAACUCCAGCGCAUGGUCAAGGAGCAUGAGGAUGCAUUGAGCCAAGUAUGUUUCGAGUCCAGGAGUUUGUCACCGUUUACUAAGUAUCUCCAGCUGCGAGCCAGUUCGGAGCACCAUUAUCAAGGGAACAUCGAUUCAGCCAAAGCUUCACUGGAUAUUAUGACCAGUGCGCACGAUGCUGCCGCCACUUCGGCCCCUUUUCUCCCAUCCCAUGGCUCUGUCUUACCAGCGCUACUUGCCUUGCGGAAGACUCACCAGACCACCGCCCAGUCGAGAGCUUAUGCGACCUCCCAGGGGGCAUCCUUGGAGAAGGCAAGGCGACAGCUGGAGCUUGAGAAAGCCAAUCUUGAAGAUCAGAAGGCUCUGCAAAAGGCACUCGAGGACCGUAUUGAGACUCUACGCAAUGGGCUGGAGACCAGUCAGAAGAAAACACCUGAGCAGGUGGCGCAGGAACGGCUCGACGAGCUGAGGCAAAAGAAAACCCAUUAUGACAGGGAGACGUCGAGGUUUCUCAGGGCUCUCAACAAGUUCAUAGACGAACAUCUUGGUGCGAUGUUGGCUGCUGAGGAACUCGGCGGGCCGGUCGUUGGUGACAUGAUGGAUGUCGACACCGACGACCUGGGCGCCGGUUUCAACGCGCAAGGGAAGCUGAAGAAAGCCAAGGCGAACCCGGACGAGGAUAUGCGUCAACGGCGGAUUGAUGAUAUCUGGGGAGGUGGAGGCGGUGAGCAGGCGCAAAAGAGAAGGAGAGAUCGCGAGGGCGACGAAACAUCGGCGGCUGGCGCGGAGAUGCGUGAGUUGACUGAGCUGCUGCUCAACAGCUUGAUGGACUCGGCCGGAGAUUCUUCUGCGGCUUACGUGCGUAUCCCUAGGGAAACUGCGGCGGCAAGGUUCUUGGUCCGGUCUAAAGUGGCCCAAUUCCACCCCAGGGAUGCCACGAGGCUGAGACUGGUAGACUUUGGGCGGGACCUGGACGACUAGUGAUAGGAGGGGAGGAGGAGGAGCUGUUACACGCAUAAGCAGAUCCCCCGCAUCUGCCCCAACUCCUGUCGAUCAGCUUGUGAGCCCCCGGAACACAUGAUCGGAAAUCUG